AACUGCUCUAAAAUCUAGGGUUUUUACAACCCUCUCUUCUCACGAACACAUCUCUGACGAAUAAAAUCUCGCUUCAGCAGAUCCGUACCAUGGCAGACGAAGUGGCUUACGGGGCCGCAGGAGGCGAUUCAAACAAGCGCAAGUACGAGGACCUGCCGUCUCCGGUGGCGCGCCGGGUGACGGGAUUCUCCUCGCCUCUUGACUCCGCCCCGCCGCCUAGUUCUUACAACAGCGUCCCGCCGCCGAUGAACGAGAUCGAGGCAGCCAAACAGAAGGCACAGGAGAUCGCCGCGAGGCUCUUGAAUAACGCCGACCCAUCGAAAAGAGCGAGAGUUGAGAACGGAGCUGGCGUUGGCGGCGGAUAUGAUGCUGCCGAUGCAGGUAGCGGUCAGAAGCAUCUUGGUUUGGGUCUUAGUGGUCCGCCGCCAAGCGCAUCAUAUGGCUACCCAGGUCCAAGCAAGAAAAUUGAGGUACCAAAUGGAAGGGUUGGUGUCAUUAUAGGAAAAGGCGGUGAAACUAUCAAAUACCUUCAAACUCAGUCAGGAGCAAAGAUCCAGGUCACAAGAGAUGUGGAUGCAGACCCUAAUGCUCCCACUAGAGCUGUUGAAAUCACUGGUACUCAGGAUCAAAUAGCCAAGGCAGAGAAAUUGAUCAAUGAUAUUCUUUCGGAGGCUGAUACUGGUGGUUCUGGCAUGAUUUCUAGGAGGCUGGGUGGGCAAUCAGCCGGAGCUGAUCCGUUUGUUAUGAUGGUCCCUAACAAUAAGGUUGGACUUGUUAUUGGUAAAGGAGGUGAAACUAUUAAAAAUAUGCAAGCAAGGACUGGUGCUCGUAUUCAGGUCAUUCCUCUGCACUUGCCACCUGGUGAUACGUCAAAAGAACGAACAGUACAGAUUGAUGGAACUAGAGAACAGAUUGAAGCCGCAAAACAGUUGGUCGAAGAAGUCACCAGUGAGAUGUGCAGAUCUACGUCCCUAGUCAAAAUGAUCCCCAGAUGGAAGCGUUCAGCCUUUGCUGCUUUUUUUGCAAGGAGUGGUUACUGCUUGGCAUCUGGUUUUGCGUGGAUUCUCUCCGUUGAGGUGACUAAGCAGCAUAUGAAAUAUCUUAUAAUAUUGAGAAAUUGUCGUGACAUACAUAAUAAACAUCAGUUCUAUAGUAAAGCUAUUCUUUUGAGAUUAUCACCUCUGAACCGCAUGAGAAACCAACCAAUGGGUGGAGGAUAUAGUAAUCCUCAGCAAGGCUACCAAGCUCGGCCUCCGACCAACUGGAAUCAGCAGGGCCCACCCAUGCAGCAGCCAAACUACGGCUAUAAUUACCCUGGCCCUCCACAGUACAACAUGAACCAGCAGCCAAAUUACCCCAAUUACCCUCCAACAUCCGGAUGGGAUCAGUCGGGUGCUCCUCAAAACCCGCAGGGAGGUUCUAACUAUAAUUACAGUCAAGUGGGCCAAACUGAUGGUUCUGCCUAUAAUUACGGUCAGGCCCAAGCCUACAGCCAGGGACAGGUCAGCUACGGUCCAGAUGGCUAUGGCGGAGGGUACAACACAGGCACAGCUGGGUACAACCAGCCGCCACCUGUGAACAACCCUAGUGGUGGUGGAUAUGAUGGGCAGCAACAACAGGGAGGAGGAGGCUAUAAUGCAAACGCUGAUGGCAGCAAUCCUUCAUAUGGGGAUGCAACAAACCCAAGCCAGGCAGCUCAUCAAGGCUCUGGAUACGGUCCCCCACCUCCAACUUCACAGGCUGGGUAUGGAACUCCUCAACCGACUUCUGGUUUUAGUGGCCCACAGGCUCAGAAGCCAACAAGCGGAGGUCAGCCGAGCUAUGGGCAGUGGGGCGGUGGCUAUGCUCAGUCUGGGUACCCUCAUUCUCAGACGGAUGCUGCUGCUGCUGCUGCACAGAGGCCUCCAGCUUAUGGCUAUCCGCAGUACGGGCAGCAGCCGUAUGGUGGUGGCUAUUCUCAGCCAGCGGCUUACUCUACUGAUGCUGAGCCAUCCCAGCCGGUUGCUGGGUCUGCCAAAGCCUCCCCACCAAGUUAGUUGGGUUGUGGGGUUAUUUGCUACUCUGCUUUUUUCUUUUUUUUUUGAGUGUGGUAUAGGUAAUUUUAGGUUUGUAGUUUCUGACGCAUUUUUAUUUUGGAUGCUUGUGUGUGUUUUACUGGUAUAUUUUUGUUUGUUAGCGUGCUGUCAUUUUGGAUAUUGAAUUUGCAUCGACUCUCUUGGGAAUUUUAUCAGAGUUUUGCUGUUGCUGGAUGUUGGCAUUGUUUCAGUGGCUGUCAGUGUGGGUUUUUUUGGCUUUUAGUAUUCGUAGUCACUUGAACUCGUGGAGAACUGGUAGAGAGGUAGCACAUGAAGCUAAUCUGUGCACGCGUUUGUCCAAUCUGGGGGUUGUCUACUUGGGCGAGGGGUAGCGUUUAUUAUUCUUAGAACUAGUUAGGUAUUUGUUCUGGUUUUACGACUUGGGUUGUCUUUCGCCUGUCUUUAGAAACUGUGGAAGAUAGUGUUGUUUUUCCUUUAGGUAACAAACACCUAACAUAAUUCCG